AUGAAUAACGGGCUUUUUUCAGGUAUCAACAUUGCCGUCAAAGCGACAAUUAUCGGUGAUGGUAUCUCACGGAAACUGGUUUUCACUACUGACAGAAAUAAAUUGCUGUCCAAGGAACAGAUUAUAAGGGAAAUUUGCACUCACGCAACAGCACCUCAACUAAAGAGCACAUUGGCCUCUUCUUCGACAGAGAACAUUCAGUUGCAAAGGAAGAGUAAGAAAUCAGGCCGUUAUGUGGAACUUGCCUCUGUUGAUGAUUUCUCCAGUUUGAAAAGGAGCCUAACUGUAAAGAGUCACUUGAAGUUAAACGUCUUCAUCAAGUCCGCCUCUGAAGAGGAAAAAGAAGGUAUUGACUAUACCGCAGAGGUUCAGAAGAUCCUGAAACGUAUUGAGGAUUUAUUUAGCAGCAACGACAACAGAAAUCUCAGGAACCUGAGCAACUCAAUCUCAGACAAUUUGAGCAACCUGGACAUUCUCAAAUUCCUGGGAAGCUUGGUGGACACCAAUUUAUCCAAGAUCAUUCUGAAAAUGAAUGAAUCGUCCAAGAGUUCUGAAUUCAAGUCUGCCUAUAAAAAUGUUUUCUGUGACGGAUGUGAUGCUCACAUUACUGACACCCGGUACAAAUGUACACAAUGUGCAAACUUUGACCUAUGCUCGAAUUGCGAGGCUAAAAAAAUGGAGAUUAACGGCCACACGAGUCAGCAUCAAUUGCUAAGGAUAGACCUUGCUGGCGAAUCAAGUUCCAAUCCGAUUAAUGAGACUUUAUCCAGGAUGGACAUGGACACCAUGUCUCCAUUGCUAUCCAUUGAAUCGGCUCAUGUUUACGACAAGAACGUGUCAGACGAGUUAUUAAAUUUGGGGGCAAACAAUGGCGAGAAACUAAAAGAGUUGACUUUCAAGUGUGCCCAGUUCGACUCUCUUUUGGAGAUGGUGGAUGCUCCUGAGGACGAAAAGGUUCCCUUGCUUGUCCAGCUGAUCGAAGAUCACAAUAUGAUGAAAAACUACAACGCAGGUACUGUAGGCAUUGAGGUUUCUUGCACGAAGCAGAACUCGAGGAUUUUUCAGCUAGCACUUACCAAUCGGCUUGCGCGCGAUAUCUUGAAGCCAGAGCUCAAAACGUUUAUUGGAGAGGUCAAGAAGACAUUCAUGAUUACGCCAAAUGUGUUCAAGAAUGGAAGUACUCGGUAUCUGAUGCUCGAUACUGCAGACUGGGGUGAUUCGUUUUCCAGCACCAGUUCUAUCUUAAAUGGCAUUUUAGGGUUCACCCUAGAAGUUUGGGAGGAUCAGGCAUUAGUGGCAAAGGGUGGCUUAGAUUUCAACUCCGGCAAUGCCCUGUCUUUGCUUGUUGCUGUCACUGACCCGAAAUCCGCGCCUAGGAAACACUUGGGAGAAACCGGCAGCACUUUAAAAGAGUCGGAACCGGAAUUCGUUAUGGUGGACGGAGAUCUUUCUGACGCAUGUCAUUCAGCAGACGACACUUCAUUGAUGGAUGAGUACGACAUCCUUUCUUCUGCCGACUGUGAAGAUUGA